AUCCAUAUGCUGGCGGAUGGACUUCUCUGCAAACAUCUUCAACUUCUGCAUCAAGAUGAAAUUUGAUAUGACUGUUUUUACGCUUCUUUCUGCAGCUACGCUGACUUUGUCAUUCUGUCCUCAACAUGUAUUUACGUUGCUUGAUAAAUUUUAUCUUCAAUACGACCAUCCCAAUCAGUCAUCAGAUCGGACAGAAUCUAAUGCUUUUGACGUAACCGGAAGAGACAUGGGAAAUGAACCACACAAGCGACACGCCAGGUGCCUGGAAUGGUUUGAAUGGCUCUUCGAUUUGUUGGAACCUGAAUAUACAAGCGAAGCCACCACGACAGUCGCAACUUCUACACCUCCUGCAACUACCACGACGACGGGAAAAACUGUUACGUCACAGUCUACUGAGACCACCCCUACCAUCACGUCGUCCACCACGGAAAAGCAAUAGUUGCCAAAUGUUGGUACGUGUGAUUUUCUGAAAAGUCUUCGGCACAGAUAGAUGUCGGAGAGACGUCGAAGUUUUACAGCCGCCUGCAACAGCAAUGAUCUUCAUAUAUUUUCUGUUGGAAAGAGAAAACACCUCAAAAUAUGUACUUCUUAUGCACUUCAUGGCUGCGUUGCCAUGUUCCAGUAGUGUUCUAUAUAGCAGAAUAUUUUGUCAUCUUUCUUAUUAUCCAUUAGCAGCAUGAACUAAAAAUAUUCAUACACAUACUGAUAAUUCAUCUCCUUACAGCCAAGUUAGUGCUACAGAAUAUGCAAGCAUUUUCCAGAUAGUUUUAUAAUUAUAUAAUGACAAAAAAUAUUCUGUGACCAAAGUAAGCAGACCAAAUUUAAAUCUUAAAUAUUUUAUAUAUUAGAGUUUUGUUACGUAUGGCCGCGCCAUAGCUCAAGCGGUUAGUCGCUGGC